GAGAAUCAUAUAGUGUAAUUGAUGACUUCGUGAGGUGAAAUCAAAUUUUAUAGUUACCCAUAUUCAAGUUAUUUUUUCGUCGACAAACGCGUCUCCACGACAUAAUAUUAUACUUAACUGAUAAUACUUUUGGAAAUAUAUUAUUAUAGUAUAAUACCGCGAUCGAUAAUAUAUAGGAGACGACACUCGUGACCGACGUUAUGCGGCGAUACAAUAACGCAAAUUUGCAGGUGGCAUUUGCCGCCGUGUUGCUGUUUAUCGGAUCAGUGGUCGUGGACAACGUCGGGGCGUCCACCAAGUACACGCUGCUCGGCACGAACAAAAUCGAAGUAUCGGAGUCGAAGGUGACGUGCAAGAACGGCAAAUCCACAUCGGUGACCACCGGCGUGAAGGGUGAGUUGUACACGUUGUCAUCGACCAGGACGAAUUUCUCGGGCGACAAGUGGAAGAAGCGAAUGGCCGAGCUGGACAGAGAGUCGGACGACGAACAGGGGCACGUAGUGGCGUCUGUUUUCGGUGGACCCGUCGAGACGUGGAACCUGGUGCCGCAACACCGGAGCGUCAACAGGAAGAUUAAUGCUCAGAGCAGCUUGCUGAACCGCUGGGACGAAUUCGAGAAAUGGACGCGUGAACAGUUGGGCAAAAAGAACGGUGCGCCGGUCAAGUUCACCAUAAAGAUCAAGUACGCGACCAAAAACGGAUGCAGACCCAUUGGUUUCGAGAUCGACGCGUCCAGCAAGGCCGGCCCUGGUUUCGAGGCGAAUUUCGACAACGGGCCAUACGGUUCUUUCGCCGUCACCAGCAGUGGCAGCAGACCGACCAAGAAGCAAAAGACGUGAUCGAAAUCUGAAGCAAACCGAACCCGAACCCUUAUGUCGUGGACCGUAAACGAUGGUUUAAACCGUGAUUGAUUGAUCUACUGGAUCACCCAUCUUUAAGUAUCAUAAUUAUAUUCUACUACAUAUUUUUUAUAUUUAUAUAAUUGAAUCGACGCUAAACAUUUCAAUAAUAUUAUUAUAUGUAUUAUACGGUAAAAAAUAAUAAACCAAUCGCGUGACAGUAAUUAAUAUUUAUAAUACUAAUAACAUGUCAAGGCUCGAGUAUGGUGCUAGUAUACAUAAUAUUUUUAUAUAGUUGCGGACUUCGAAUAAUAAUGUAUUCAGCCUUUAUUUCGUCAUACAUAAUAAACGCAACACUGCGGAAAUAUUA